AACACAGACUAUAAUGAAGUGAUUGUUGUAAUAACAAGUCUCAAUUUGUAUCAGGCUUCAAUAGUUUUGUCAACGCAAUGGUUUUGGGCGCCAUCAUAUUGGUCUUAGCCGCAUUGAGCGCGGUCACUACGCAGGAGCAGAAUACUGAGCAGUUAUUUGGCGAUAUCUACUAUGAGAUCGGCAGUUUCUCAUUGCGUUACAACGGUAAUCGCUGUCAGCGUGAGGUGCCCGCACGCUAUUUCCAAACCGCGCCCAAUGCGCCUAUAAUCGGCAAUGGAUCCACCGUUCAUUGGCAACGCAUCGAGGUGUGCUGUGAGGGCUACACACGUUCCCGCGUCGAUCGCUACCAAUGUGUUCCGGAUUGUUCGGCUGUCUCGCCAAAUAACUGUCGUAACGGUUUCUGCCGUGCGCCCAACCAAUGCGAAUGCUUCGCGGAGUUUGUGCGCAACCAGCGCGGUGAAUGUGUGCACUCUUGCCCGAUCGCCUGCGAGCACGGGCGUUGCUUUUUGAAUGGCACCUGUCACUGUGACCCUGGCUAUACGUUAGACUUGGAGACACGAAAAUUCUGUCGGCCCAAGUGUCCGCAGAAGUGUGGCACCAAUCAGGAAUGCGUUGCGCCGUGUAAGUGUUCAUGUGCGGAGGGUUACAAAAUGACGCCCGAUUUGGGCUGUCAACCGGUUUGCACACCCGAUUGUGGACAUGGUAAAUGUGUGGGUCCGAAUAAGUGUGAGUGCUUUCAAGGUUACCAUAAGCGGCCCAUGCGAAAUGUGUGCGAAGCUGAUUGCUACAUAAGCUGCGAAAAUGGUUUCUGUGAAUCGCGCAACAAUUGUCAGUGCCGAAAUGGUUACAAAUAUGAUGUGGACACCACCAGUUGCUUGCCAGAUUGUGGGGACAGUUGUCGCGAUGGUAUUUGCAUUGGACCUGGUAUAUGCAAAUGCUUCGAGGGAUAUGAGUAUAGGGAGCCUAACUGUGAACCAAUAUGCAAGAGAAACUGCGGAUACAAUGGCGAAUGCUUAGAACCAGACAUUUGCGGCUGCAAACGCACUGGGCAACUCUGUAGAUCGGGACUUUGCGACCCCAGCGGAUACUGUGUUUGUCCCAUUGCGAUGACACAUUUCGUAGACAGAUGCGUGGAAAUGAACCAGCUACAUGACCUGAUAACCAGCAAUGGGCAUGAAUUCAAUCGCCUGUUGAGACGUGAAUUUAAGACCCUCAUAGGGCGUCACUUUCAAUUCAUACAAACACCUUACGUCAUCAUGACGACCGUUUUCACUAGUAAACACUUUAGUGCACGCUUCUUGUUGUUGUUGUGCCUACACAUUGUUGUAAUUGUCGGCAGCGCUGACGGCCAACAGCAACGACACCGGCGGCAACGACAACCUUACGGUGGUUAUAAUGUUGAUUCCCCUGAAGCGGACAAGGCAUCAAAUGAAGUGACGCCAUACCAGCGUUCCUCCCAACGCGGCAGAGACACGCCGCGCAGACAGUUCAAUGAGAACGAUGUAAAUUAUCAGUUUAGUAAUCGUCAGUUGGCAACAUCGGGUGCAGAGCAGCUGUCGCGACGUCAACUACGGAAACAACAACAACGUCUGGAGAAACAGGCGAGAGGUCAAGAGCGAUCCAGGGAAAUGCAAUCGGAUGGAAACAAAUGCCAUAUUUGGGUGCCCGUCGAAGUGCUCGACAAGUAUCCGUAUGCGCAACGCAUACAAUUAGAUCAACAAAAUCAACAACAAAAAAUUCUGGUCUGCUGCCCUGGCUAUGCGGCAUUUCGUUGGCGCGGCACCACACUCUGCCAACCGCUCUGCGAUAAUUGCCGCAAUGGCCGCUGCAUAGCGCCAAAUGAAUGCGAAUGCUUCGAUGAUUUCACGGCCAAUGAUAAUGGCGACUGUGUGUUCACCUGCCCGUUGGGUUGUCUGAAUGGACGUUGCUUUCUGGAUGGCACCUGCCAGUGUGAUGCCGGCUUCAAGUUGGAUGAGACGCGCAAAUUUUGUCGGCCAAUUUGCAGCAACGGCUGUGGCAUGAAUCCGCGCCACAACUGCACCGAACCGGAAGUGUGUGGCUGCGCGAAGGGCUACCAGCUGACAAAUGAUGGCUGCAUGCCAGCAUGCGAUCCGGAUUGCGGCGAGGGUGGCGAGUGUCGCGAGCCGAACCAGUGUUACUGCCGACCGGGCUAUGAACUCAAGGAUGGUGUGUGCCAACGCGAGUGUUAUCAGAAAUGUGACAAUGGCAUUUGCUACAGCAACAACCGCUGCAUCUGCAAUCCUGGCUUUACAUAUCAUGAACGCUCAACACAGUGUGUGCCCAAUUGAGAGUAGUUAGUAAUAUGUUAUGCGGUUAUAGGUGUGAUAAUCUUAGUUAUCUUGUGAUAGUAAUUAUAAAAACAUUAAAAUAGUAAUAUGAAUAAAUUUCUGAAGUGUUGGACUCAAAAAGAAAAGUUUUCAUGACUUCAAUGCAGAAGUCAUCCCGCUUGCCAUCCAACUCAAGUUUUCAUUAUAAAAUAGUAAAAGUUAAACAAUUUUCGCUUUGAACACACACUUUCACACCCUUUAUAGAUAUACAUAUGAAUAAUUCCACAUAUAAAAUGAUUAUAGCCACGAAAUGUGAUAUGUAAAGCGUUGCAUAUUUCCAGGGGUAUUUACUGAUUGUACUGGAUUUCGGGUAGUAUAUUAAAUAUAUUAGUUAUUUUUAUUUAAUUUAAAAUAUUUUCGAAUAUUCCAUAAUUGCUAUAAAUAUAGUUUUCCAAAAUCAUAUUAAUGCAUAUUGGAUUAUCUGCUGCAAAUCCAUAUGCUGAACUGCGACAUCAAAACUUCAUCAGUAGGCUUAUGGGAAUAUCAUGUGCACCUGAAAGUUAGAAAUAAAAAGAAAAUGGAUUUGAGUCAAAUUUUCUAUUAUAAUAAUCACACAGCGUUCAAACGGGCAACCUAUUGACUCACCGGUCUCAUGUCGUGUUUGAUAUAUGCGCACGCACAGAUAAACGAUGGCGAUUAGCAUAAUUCCAAUGAAAAUGGAUCCGCCAAUUAUAAUCCAUAGUGUUUCUUUACUGUAUUUAUUAUGAGAAUUUGAAAUCUGUCUUUGAUACUCGCAAGUAUAGUUUUUCUGUAUUGCAUCCUUUGUAUACACUAUCAAAUAAUCGCUUGUAUCACAAACCGAUGAUUCUUCUUUCAGACAAUCAGUAUCAGUAGCAUUUCGGUCACAAAGUUUCAAGCAACCACCUUGGGAACUCUCUCUCCAACAGGUACACUGGCUUCUGCAGAUAUCCAAUUUCUUGUUCUGCUCCUGGGUUAAUGCUAAGCCCUUUAUAUGCCACAUGUCAGUGUCCAUUGUCAACUGUACACAUUCAGCAUUUUCAUUGACGCGCAACUCGUAGCCGUCUGCGCAGACGCAUUUACCUGGUGCAGUGCAUGUGCCAUUCUUGCAGCCUGCACGACACACGGGUUCGCAAACGAAUUCAUUCUCAUCACAAAAUCUUUCGGCAUAGCCCUCAUCGCAAUUUCGUAGCUGUAUAUGGAUAUGUAUGAAAUAAACAAGUAUUUGUAUCAUAAAUAUAAAUAGUGGCAAUUUAACGUUUGUAUUGAACACUAUAACGGUAGAAAAUCACAAGAAUCUUACAAAAUUUACAAAUACAAAUAUACAAGCACUUUGCUUAGCAUUUACUUAAAGCAAUGAAAAUCGCAGAAGAGAAUUCGCUAAUAAAAUAUUAUAUUUUUUCGA